AUCUGAACACACAUCGAGAGCUUCAGAAGAACUGAAUCUACUAACAACAGAGAAGAUCAUUGAAUAAGAGAGAAGAAUGAAGAUCAUCUGGACUUUCACUCUGCUGAUGAUUCCUGGUGUGUUGAGCUCCAUCAGUGUGACGGGAUAUUCAGGAGGAGGAGUCAGCAUCACAUGCAGAUAUGAUGAAGGAUAUACAGACAAUGAGAAGUAUUUUUGUAGAGGACAGAAUCCAGUUACACCACAGAUUGGAUGGUGCUCUGACCUCAUCAAGACUGAAGAGAAAGAUAAAUGGUUUGAUUCUGGAAGAUUCUCUCUGUAUGACGACACAACAGCAGCAGUUUUCACUGUGACCUUCAGAGAUCUGAGUGAACAGGAUUCUGGGACGUACCAGUGUGCAGUUGAUAGAGCUAUCAUUACAGAUUCCUACACUGAAGUGAAGCUGAAAGUUUUAACAGGUCAAAAGAUCAGUGCUGUGACGGGAUAUUCAGGAGGAAAUGUCAUUAUAAACUACAAAUAUGAGACGCUAGAAGAGAAUCCUUUGGUAGAUGUGUGUAAAACUGGAGCAGAUCAGUGUUUUCCUCUAAUAAACACUAACAGAGCAGCAGAAUGGACACAUGACCGAUUCUCUGUUCAUGACGACAGAUCUGCUCGUCUCUUACGUGUGUUUAUCAGAGAACUGAAUGUGAACAAUUCUGGAGAAUAUAAGAUUAUAGUCGAAGCUUCUGAAGACUACAGUUUCUUCUCUGAGUUUCACCUGAACAUCAGAGACGGUGAGCUGCUUUCAUUCACUCAUGCAUUUGUUUCUGUGGUGAACUGA